AUGGCCCCAUUCAGAGAAGCCUCCGAGACGAGCGUGGAUACCGACCAUUCACAAGAUGACCUCGCAGCCAAACUUGCGUUCGAGCGCGACAUGGACAAUUCCAUCGGUGCGGAAUACAUAGAGCAUAGCAUCUCGCGUCCUCUCCCACAAGAGGCAUUCCCCGGCGCGCAGUCGAUGGCCACGCCCACAAUGGAAGACGCGCCCAAGUGGGAAGACUCAAUUGACGGAGACGUGAAGCCCCUAACUACUCAAUGCUUGGAAGUGCUGCGGGAGCAGCAUGAGGACGGAGGAGAGGACAUAUCUAUGCACCAAGACGAGGCUGUGUCGUCAGACACCUCUUCAAUUCAAGAUGCUGAACCUGUACCGGAGAGCACUCCCGGUCUAGCUCCGCUAGAUACAAUCAGUGGCUCUCGCCAUCGCGGUCGACCCAAGAAAACGUCCCGAGCGCCCACCACUCCAUCUCGGGUGUCGCCAGGACGGCCCAAGGGGACCAAGAACAACACCCGGCACAAGGCGUCCGGCACCAAAAGAAGGGUCAGUGCCCGUGUGGCGGAGGCGGCGACAAGCAUCGCGUCAACUGCCAGCCCGGUCACAGCGGGCGCAACUAAGGGCAGACACAAGAAAGGGACGGCCCGCAAGGUAACAAAGCCAAAGAACAAGCCCACCACCGAGCUCGAGUCCAAGCAGCGGUUUACGGAGGACUCGUGGGAGAUUGAGUCGAUCCUAGACAGCGUCAUCGAAGCUGGCACGCUUGAGCAUUACUACCUAGUCAAAUGGAAGGGGUACUCUUCAAAGUCCAAUACCUGGGAGCCCAAGUCCAACCUCGGAAAUUGCCGCGCCGCGAUCGAGGCAUUUGAAAAGGCCAACAAGUCUCGCAAGUAG